AUGCAGUUCAAAAUCUCUCUUGCCCUUGUCGCCUUGUCAGGCGCUGCCAUUAAUGCCACCCCUAUUGAUAUUGUGGGCGAUGUGGAAUGCCUCGUCGUCACUGUUGUAAUCCAAGUCCUUGCGGCACUCACCUCGGAGACUGCAUUUUGCUCGUCAUAUUUGAACAUUCCAACAAUUACCAGCACUACUACCGCAACGUCCACCAUCUUUACAACCACCACCAGGACGACCACAACAGGCACAGACACUAGUACCGCCCGAGCUGUAACAGUCACCGAUACUGUAUCCGAGACGACUACCACAUGCGCGCUCAAUGCAAUCGACAAGCGCCAGCUGUCUGCCAUUUCCCCUAGCAGCAGGUCUGCAAGUACAACCAGGUCAGCUUCUCAAGUUAGUGUGCAAGCCAGUGUCCAAGCGAGCGCUCAAGUCAGCAUACCUGCUGCUGUUGCCAUUUUCGGUAGCGCACAGGUUUCCUUGGCCUGUAGCUGCUUGAACAUUCCCACACCCAGCACGACUAUUACCCAGACACGCACUGUCACCCCGACCGUCACCCGGUUAGCCUCCACUGCUAUACUGGUCACUACUACGCCUACAACCACGAUCGCAGUGACGUCCACUUCCACAGAGAUUGUCUGCCCAACCCCUACCUCGUGCGACAACCAGGGCUUGCUUUGGGCCGAAUACCACAGCGAUGCGGGAGAAAACCGAGACCCUACUUUUAGCAGCUUUAUACCAGAGAUAUACAAGUCCCGCACUCCAGGCGUCUGGGGUAUAACCUCCACCAUUGGUGGCAUAAGUGUGCCCGGUGGAACGGAACUCAGUGUCUAUGGUAGCAGCCGAACCUUUUACAGCGACUUUUUUGCCCUCAACCACAAGGGCUACCUGUUUGCGGUUCUCUCGGGCAUCUAUACAUUUAAUGCUUCCCGAGUCGACGAUAUUUUCUUUUUGUGGUUGGGCCCCAAGGCUUACUCUGGCUGGACCCGCGCGAAUGCGGACCUGGUCGUGCCAAUUUACAAUCCGGGCAGCGGUAGCACGUCUAUUGACUUGGUCGAGGGCCAGUACCUGCCCCUUCGCAUCAUGUUUGGCCAGGGCGCAUAUCCUGCCGAGUUUCAAAUUAGUGUGACUGCGCCAGACGGUACCGUAUUCCUGACGUCGGACACUGAGAACAGCCCAUAUAUUGUGCAGUACUCUUGCGACGGUGUCACUGCCCCGCCAUUUGCCUCGUGGGGCUCGGAGUAUGAUUUACCUGAUGUUAAUGAUAAAUAA